AAUUUCGGGUAUCCAUACCUAUUGGCAUCCCUACUUUCUUCUCCUUCCUCUCCCUCCGUCCGCCAACUCCGGCACCUUGCCGCCUGCUAUCUCAAACUGCACCGCUACCCACGCCCUUAUCUCUGCAAUCCGUGCCUUACUCGAGCCCUCACCGUCGCCAUCGGCAACAGCAAAGAUGCAGGCGAGGUGCGGCGCAUAUGCGUCCUGCACCUGUUCAGCCUCAAGCGCGUGCAGUCCUUCCGCUACGUCAGAGAAGAAGAGGCCGCGCUGCUGGUCGACAAGAUCCGCGCCGCUGCCGUCGCCGCCUCCGGUGCAGUCGACGUCAGCCAGCUCGUCGUCAAUCUCACAAACGACGUCAUCUGCCGGGUGGCGUUCGGUCGCAAGUACUCCGCCGAGGGCGGCGGGGCCGCGAAGAUCCAAACGACGUUAGUGGAGUUCGCGGCGCUGCUGGGGACGGUGGAGAUCGGAGAGUUCGUUCCCUGGUUAGGAUGGAUCGAUCGGCUGAGAGGGUUGGAUCGGAGGGUGAGGAAUAACUCGAGAGAAUUGGAUGCGAUGCUGGAGCGAGUGCUGGAGGAUCACUGCAGUGGGAACGAGGAAGGUGAUGAUCUCGUCGACGUGUUGCUGUCUAUAAACGACAAGGAUGAGAACGUUGGGAUUGCUCUUACUCGGAGUAAUAUAAAAGCUCUUCUAUUGGACAUGUUUGCAGCCGGCACAGACACCACAUUCACAACAAUAGAUUGGGUAAUGGCAGAGCUGAUCAAGAAUCCAAAAGUAAUGGAAAGAGCGCAGGAGGAGAUAAGAGGGGUAGUCGGAACGAGUCCGAAUGUCGAAGAGGAGCUCUUAGAAGGAAUGUACUAUCUCAAGGAUGUGAUCAAGGAGACACUGAGGCUACAUGCUCCAAUACCAUUACUUGUGCCGCGAGAGACGAUUGAAGAUACUCAACUGGAGGGCUUCAACAUUCCUGUCAAGACAAGGGUUAUAAUCAACGCUUGGGCUAUCGGAAGGAACCCUAAGUUGUGGGAGAGAGCGGAUGAGUUUUUGCCCGAGAGGUUUUCAAACAACCCUAUCAAUUUUAGAGGACAGUACUUCGAAUUCAUACCGUUUGGUUCAGGAAGGAGAGGUUGUCCUGCAAUCAAUUUCGGUGUGUCCGUCAUCGAGCUAGUUCUCGCGAAUUUGUUGUACCAUUUCGACUGGGAGUUGCCUCAUGGUAUGAAAAGGGAGUUAUUGGACAUGAGUGAAUCAAGCGGAUUGAUAGCGCAUAGGAAGCAAAAUCUUAUUCUUGUACCAAAACUACGAAAAUUUUAAGUUGUUUUAA